CUCAUGCAUAUGGAGGGGAAGACGCGACAACAAGGUCAGAAGGUCCCAUUGUAAGGCUCAAAAAUUAUUACCUUAUCCUUUAACUAGUCCUUGUAUAUUGUUGGUAUUAUAUGUACUAUGAAUAGCUCCUGGACUGUCACUUCCAAGUACAAGUAGAGCUAUUAACAUUUCAUUUAACUAGUCCUUGUAUAUUGGUGCCAUGAAUAAUAGCUCCUGAAUUGUCACUUCAUAGAACAAGCUGAGCUAUUGGAUCGUUGUGAAACUUGUCAUACCCACUAAGAUUUACACAUUCUAAGUUUCUAACCAUACACAUAGAGUGAUUGGAUAAUGUAAGAGUAAAAUGGUGGGAAAAUGAAGUGGGAAAGAAAGGAAAUAAACCGGGGCUUCUAGCUCUAGUGGUAAAGGGCUUACAGCUGUGAGUACCGUUACCUGGGUUCGAAUCCCGGCCACUGGGGAAUUAACAUUUCGGCAUCGCCAAGAACAGAGGACCGACACGUGGCAACACGUGACUAGUCUGGAUCACUUCUGUUGGGCCAAAAUACCUCUGUAUAAUUCAAAAGAAAAAAAAAGAGAGGAAAUAAAUUUUUUAAAAGUUGGAGUAAAAUUUUCCACUUGCUUAAAGUGAAGUAAUAAUUUAUUCUAGUUACCUUCAUUUUUAGAGUAAACUGGUGGAAAACUUUUUCACUUGAUAGGCAAAAAAAAAUGAAAAAGAGAGUAACAACUGAAUUGAGAGUAAAUAUUUACUCUAAGUGGUAUAUACUGUAAGACUUCCCUAACUACAAUCUAGUAUAAAAUUUGAUCAAAGAGUAGUUAUUUUGAUAUAUAUAUAUAUAUAUGUAUAUAUAUUUAUGUUUUUUUUUUUCAAAACAUAAGAUUAAAUGCCAAUCAUCACUAUUAAAUGGUCUUGUCUGAUAACCAGCUUGGUCUCUUGGAACUCUCUUUGGUAAGAGUUACUUGGAACCUCCACUUCUAUUUACCGUAUAGCACUUAAUCGGCAGGGAUGGUUGCAAGUACGAGGAGUUCCUCAAAAGCUAGCUAUGCCUUUGGCGACCCGGGAAGUCCCGGCAUCCGAGGCGACGAGGAGAACCUCACAUUUUCGGGGUCAUCGCCAAUGGUCGAGAACAGCAAUUGAGUCUUACGGAUUCUUAGAACAGAAUAGUGGAACGUGCCGGGUUGAGUGGGUGGGCGAAACUAGGAUGUAAUAGGUUGAUUUGGGAAUUUGUUCAAAUCGUGCUUGUAACCGGAACUGAAUCCCCUUUAUUGAGUUGAAUAAAAAUUUACUUAAAAAAAAAAAUGUAUUUCUGUGUAAUAAAUGGUGACAGAGGUGGCAAGACCAACAGUCCAACAUUACUACUUAAAAUUUACACAAAAAAAUAACAUUACUGUGUAAAAAAAAAAAGAUGAAAUUACUUUACUGAACAAGUUGGUUUAGCAAACCAGUUGAAGACUUUAAUGAUUUAACAGGUGAGCGUUGCAUUUAUUCCCGCUCAAAAAGAAAACUGAAAACCCUUAUUGUCCUUACUCUAUCAAAUCCAAAAUGAGUGAAAGAAAAGGAAAAGAAAAGGAAGGGAAAAAGAAGAAUCCAAACUCGAGUUGUUGUUAUACUGCGGAGAAAUGAUGCAAAGUGGAACCAAUACUUUUACUUUCACCGCAAGUAAAUUGUAAAGAUGAAUCUUUUCGGUUGAGUCACAGACCAUAUCCACUACUCUCUUUCCACAUAUCAACAUGACAAAAGUUUUUUUUUUAUCUCAUGUGUUACAAUAGUAAAGUGGGUAUUAACCACAUAAUACUAGAGUACUAGUAUAUGAUCUACCCCUCCUAAAUCUUUUACUCAAUUCAAGAUCUUGUCCUUUUUCUCGUUCUUUAUUUUUUUUUUUUUUUUUUUUUUUUCUUUUCUCGUUCUUUAGCUCUCUGUUAAAAAACAAAGAUCACAAUUUCUGAAUCCUUGAGAGACAAAGAAAUGCAGUCAACAACUCUUAGUGGCAACUAUGGCUUUCCUCUCUGCAUCUCCAGGAUCGCUCAACAGUUGUCUAUCUCCAAAGAAAUGGCAGAUCAUGACAGGAGAAGGAAGGGAAUGAAGAAGAGAAGGAGAUCAGAAGAGUCCAUGAGCCAUGGCGAAGAAGAAAUGGUGGGUGUGGAAAGAUUUGAUGAGCUAUGGAUUCAACAGAUGAGAGAGAGUGAGGAUGCCAGAGAUCUAAUUGCUUUGUUCCAAGAUCUAGUAUCGUGGAGCGUUUCUUCUCACACAGCCAAAGCUGCUUAGUGUUGAGAAACCCAAAAUAAAAAACACUUUAGAUUAAGUAAUGUCUGUUUCUUUUCUUUAAGUUAUGCAUGUUUCUUGUAAAACUGCACAUCAAGAAUCUUUAGCUGGAAAAAAACUUUAAAACAUUAUGUUUUCACAGUCGUUUGUUUACACGUUUAUUUGUCGUUGCCGUGCCGUGGUUGCUUAGAUGCCUCUUUUGGCCUUAUCCUAUAGUUUUGGUUUUUAGUUCA